AUGGCAAAAACUGUUGGCGAAGCUAGGCAGCAUGGUCCAAAUCCCGCUGGUCGUCUUUAUGUUAAAGCUGUAUUCGCAGGUUACAAACGUUCACAGCGAAAUCAGCACGAGCAUACAGCCCUGCUAAAGUUGGAUGGUGUCUAUAACAAGAAUGAUGCCCAGUGGUAUGUUGGUAAACGUGCACUAUACGUUUACAAGGCGCGUAACAAGAUCAGGUCGGCGAAUAAAGAACCGAGCCGAGUCCGUGCUAUAUGGGGAAAAUUGAUACGCGUGCAUGGUAAUGGCGGCACACUGCGAGCUAAGUUUCAUCGUAAUCUCCCACCACAAGCGAUGGGAAAACGUAUCAGAAUAAUGCUUUAUCCUUCGAACAUAUGA